AUGAAGAAGACUUCGAUUAUUGUUUAUAUUGUGCUGUUUGCAUUUUUGUCUGGUUUUGGGUUUUGUUUUUCCGGUGAUGGUUCCGGUGUCGGCGGCGGGUUAAGUUCUGGAAAGCUGACUGACGGUGAGGUGAUUUACAUACGUCAACGGCAGCUUUUGUCCUACCUGGAUGAGUUCGGCGACAGAGGCGAGAAUGUGAGCGUGGAUCCGACGCUUGUGUUUGAAAACCCUAGGCUGAGAAAUGCUUACAUUGCUUUACAAGCAUGGAAGCAGGCGAUACUCUCAGAUCCACAAAAUCUCACUUUGAAUUGGGUGGGUUCUAGUGUGUGCGACUACACGGGAGUGUUCUGUGCACCCGCACUGGAUAACAGUUCGGAGAGAACCGUUGCCGGAAUCGACCUUAACCACGGCGAUAUCGCCGGGUAUUUGCCGGAGGAGCUUGGGUUGCUCAAGGAUCUUGCAUUGUUUCAUAUUAAUUCGAAUCGGUUCUGUGGAACUGUUCCGAAGAAGUUUCGUCAGUUGAAGUUACUCUUCGAAUUGGAUCUCAGCAACAACAGGUUCGCCGGAAAAUUCCCUUACGUUGUUCUUAAAUUACCGGCAUUAAAGUUUUUGGAUCUCCGGUUUAAUGAGUUUGAAGGUAGUGUUCCUAAAGAAUUGUUCGAUAAAGACUUGGAUGCUAUAUUUAUUAAUCACAACCGGUUUGUGUUUGAAUUGCCGGAUAAUUUUGGCAAUUCGCCGGUGUCUGUGAUUGUUUUAGCGAACAAUAGGUUUCAUGGUUGUCUUCCGGCGAGCAUCGGGAACAUGUCGGAUACUUUGAAUGAGAUUAUCAUGAUGCACAAUGGAUUGAGGUCUUGUGUGCCGGAAGAAAUUGGGUUGUUGAAGGAGGUGACGGUGUUUGAUGUGAGCUUUAAUCAGUUAAUGGGGCCGUUGCCGGAGAGGCUUUCUGGUUUGGUGAGCGUGGAGCAGUUGAAUGUGGCAAAUAAUUUCCUUACUGGAAGUAUACCGAAGAGUAUUUGUAGUCUUCCGAGGUUGGAGAAUUUCACUUAUUCUGAUAAUUUCUUCACCGGUGAGCCGCCGGAGUGUUUGAGGGUGGAGGAGUUUGAUGAUCAGAGGAAUUGUUUGCCGGCGAGGCCGGCUCAAAGGUCUAAAAAGCAGUGUGAUAUGUUCGCGUCUAAGAAGAUUCAUUGUAGUGCAUUUAGGUGUACGCCAUUUGUUCCGGCGCUUCCACCGCCGCCUCCACCAUCACCUCCACCCCCAGUUUACUCCCCUCCACCUCCACCAUCACCUCCGCCCCCAGUAUACUCUCCUCCGCCGCCAGUUUACUCUCCUCCUCCACCGCCACCCUCACCUCCGCCCCCUGUUUACUCUCCUCCACCACCGCCACCAUCACCUCCACCGCCAUCACCCCCUCCCCCACCUCCACCAGUUUACUCACCUCCUCCACCGCCACCGUCACCUCCGCCACCAUCACCCCCUCCACCACCUCCACCAGUUUAUUCUCCUCCCCCACCGCCACCUUCACCACCACCACCAUCACCUCCUCCUCCACCACCACCAAUUUACUCUCCUCCGCCACCUCCACCAUCACCUCCGCCACCGGUUUACUCUCCUCCGCCACCUCCACCAUCACCCCCACCGCCAGUUUACUCUCCUCCCCCACCUCCACCGUCACCACCGGCACCAGUUUACUGUCCUCCACCACCUCCAACCUAUUGUGUACGAUCACCACCACCUCCUCCACCUCCAACUGCAUCCCCGCCUCCGCCUCCCUUGUUUUCCCCACCACCACCUGUUCCAUAUUACUACAGCUCACCUCCUCCGCCUCAUUCACCGCCCCCAUAUAUCUAUAGCUCACCGCCUCCACCACACUCUCCACCACCACCUCCACCUCACUCACCGCCUCCACCACCCCCAUCUUAUAUCUACUCAUCACCACCACCACCACCACCUGUAGCCCAUUCUCCACCUCCCCCAGUCCAUUCUCCGCCUCCCCCAGUCCAUUCUCCACCACCACCACCACCAUCACCACCUCCUCCACCUCCUUGUAUAGAACUCCCUCCACCUCCCUGUAUAGAACCACCACCACCACCAUCCCCAACCCCAUCACCUCCACCCCCACCACCACAUAAAUCACCACCACCACCAGCACCUGUUUACAGUUCUCCACCACCCCCAGUCCACCACCCAUCCCCACCUCCACCACCGAUUAUAUACAACAGCCCACCACCUCCAGCUCCUGCAUACGAGGGGCCAUUACCUCCGGUUAUUGGCGUUUCUUACGCCUCUCCUCCACCACCACCCUUCUAUUGA